AGUAUAAAAGGACAAGCCAUACUGAAAUGCUCGUAUAACGGUUCAUAAGUAUUUUGAUAGCUACAUCGUGAAGUUCAAUAUGGUUUCGAAAAGUGUUGUUUUUGCGUUUGUUCUUUUGACUAUCUUAUUUGUUCAGUUUUCAGAAUGUUCUCCUCUAGAUAAACUCACAAAGGUAGAGAAGCCAUCAGAGAAGAAAGAUGAGAAGAAAACGGCCAUAGCAAAAGAAGAACCAAAAAAAGUGCUCGAGGAUAUCAAGAAGAAUAAAAAAGCUGACGAAAAAAAACCCGAAGGAAAAGAUGAGAAGAAAAGUGAGGAAGAUACUUCAAAAAAAGGAAAAGAAGAAAAGAAAAACACGGAUGAUAAAAAAAAGCAUGAAGAGCAUAAACAUGAUCACAAACAUGAAGACCACAAAGAUCAUAAACACGGAGAUCAUAAACAUGAUGACAAAAAAUCAGAAAAACAUGAAGACAAGAGACCUGGCAAAAAAAUAUAAAUAAAUUUUGCUAGAAUGUAAAUAUUUGAUAAAUUUUUCAAUACAGUUCGCUAAUAAAUUCAAACUGAUAUUUUCAGUUCAUUAGGGUUUUCAAUUAAUAAAUGAAUAUUUAUUUUA